UCUUCCCCAUCUAAGAAGAGAAUCAUCAACCAGACAGAGAAGAGAAGAGAAAACGAGAGAGAGAGAGAGAGAGAGAGAAGUGUAGAAGACAACCUCACCAACUCACAAACAAUCCAGUUUACACAGACCACCACAGAACCCAGAAAUACUGUUCCAACCCAUCUCUCUCUUUCUUCACUCACAUACACACACACACACACACAUAUAUAUUUAUUUAUAUUUCUGUAAUUUCAUAUUUGAGUUGAAAAUGGAGAAAGUCAUGGCCAACUACUUGCUAAUGGCUUGUGGCAUAGUUUAGAGCUUCCCCACUCUCUCUCCCCCACAGAAGCUCUCUUUUUCUCUCUCUGUCCAAUCACUUUCUCUCUCUCUCCUCCUCCUCCUCCUCCUCUCUCUCUCUCUCUCUCUCUGUCUCUCUCUCUAGAAUGGGUUGCAGAAGGAUGAUCAUGGGGAAUUUGGAUCCGGAGAGGGAGAGGAGUGGUGGGCUUAGAACCAAACAAGCUGGACGAGGCUCGUGCCGUGGAAGUUAGCCCCCACUCUCCUACUCGCCGGAAAAUGCAAAAUCUCUGGCACUAACCUCUUUGUUUCUCUCUCUCUCUCUCUCUCUAUACAUAUAUAUCUAUUUCUUGUUCAUUGAUUCGUUGACUGUUUGAUUCGAGUUUUGAGCUAUGGGGUAUCUGUUGAAAGAAGUUUUGAAGACACUCUGUGGUGUCAAUCAGUGGUCUUAUGCUGUUUUCUGGAAGAUCGGUCGCCAAAACCCUAAGCUUUUAAUUUGGGAAGAAUGCUAUUAUGAAUCUAUACCAUGUUCUUCUCUUCUGUGCAUUCCUGGAAUUGAUAGCUCAGAACUGGCUUUUGAAGAUUGGGAAGCGUGUUGGGUUUCUGCUGAACUUCGAACUCCUCAGGUUGGGGUUCAAGCAGAGGACAAAGUCAGUUCUCUUAUAAACAAAAUGAUGAUGGGUAACCGGGUUAAUGUUGUAGGAGAAGGACUAGUUGGGCGGGCUGCAUUUACUGGUAACCAUCUGUGGAUUCAUUCACACAACUAUGACGGAGAAACUCAUCCACCAGAGGUAUAUCAUAAAACGGUUCAAAAUGAGGUGCGCCAACAAUUUUCGUCUGGCAUGAAGACAGUUGCAGUUAUUCCUGUGCUUCCGCAAGGUGUUGUUCAACUUGGUUCAUCCUUGGCUAUCUCGGAGAAUAUGGCAAUUGUGAAUGAUGUGAAGAGUUUGAUUCUUCAGCUAGGAUGUGUUCCUGGUGCUCUAUUAUCUGACGAUUACACAUCAAAAGAACCUGUGCCAAUGAUUGGGGUACCUUUAUAUCCAGGAAAAUCUGUUUCUACUGAUCCACCUGGGAGUUAUGAAGUGAAAGACUAUGUUCCUUUUUUUGCUGACAGCUGCAACCAACAACGCAUCUCAUCUCAAGCUAUGGAGCUCGUGGGUCAGCCUUCUCAUUCUCUAAUUAGACAGAUAGAGGAUGACCUACAUGGUGCUUCAACAUUUCAAAUUCCAAAACAGGCCCAAAAUGUGAUUAAAUCCGGUAAUAGCAUUUGCCAACUUGAAAAUGGAACAGGAGCUGAAGUUAUCCCUUCAUACCCAGAGCUAUGGUUAAAUCGGCAGGCUUCUUUGAACAAUCGAAAGUCUGGAUUUGAUGAACAAUCUUAUAUUGGCUCAUCAUCCGCAAAUUAUGGCAAUUUAAAGAAUAUGGAAGAGCAGAUCUUGUCAGAUGUCUUACGGGAACAUGUUAACAACAAUUUAAGCACAUCCAAUGGCUUUAUAACGUCUCAGCCGAGAUCAAAUGGGAGAGGCUUAAGUUGUAGCAGUCAGUUGCAUAAUGGAUCUACUAGUCAUCCGCGAUCAAUCUUAAAUCUGUGUUCUCUUCCAGCUGCUGACAGAUCAGCUACCCAUGAUGACUCUUGGACACAUCUUAUGGGGAGUGGGUUAAAAUCUUCUAAAGCAAAGGUGUCUACAUCUGAUCUGAGUGAUCAUUUGAUUUCCAAUCACUUACUUUCGGGGAGCUCUGAUCUCAGACAUCAUCCUAAAGAUGACAAGUGUUCUCAAAUUGAGGUGGGUCAGAGAAAAGAAAGAAUAGAAAAUGAUUUAUUUCAAGCCCUAAACACCCAGUUGGCCCAUCUGGAUGAGCAUAUGAAUUUUAGUGAGAGCAUUUCUGGUUUUGGUCAUAAUAGCCAAAAGCAUGACUAUGGGAAUCAGCAUCCAAGUUCUGAAAAUGCUAAAUACAAGGAUGAAUGUGUCCAACCUUCAUCAGGGGAUGACCUGUUUGAUAUUUUGGGUGUGGAUUUCAAGAACAAACUAUUUCAUGAAAGCUGGAAUAAUUUGCUUAAUGAUGGGUCAGACACGAACACCAGAACUUUGGGUAAGAAUAAUUAUUCAUCUUCAAAUCUUCAGGAUGCAGAUUCUAACUUAUAUUCAGUUAAUGGAGGAAACUCAGACAGUGGUAUUUUCUCUUUAACUGGCUCCGACAAUCUAUUAGAUGCUGUUGUAAAUAAGGUCCACACUGCUGGCAAGCAGAGCUUGGAUGAUAGCGUGUCGUGCAGGACAAAAUUGACAAAGAUUAGUAGUUCCUCUGUUCCUAAUGCUUCUCUCUCCUGCGGCCGAGUUAGUGUGUCUGAUAAGAAGCAAGGAGAUUUACUUGGAUUCCCUAAAUCUCUGGCAAAAUUAGGCGCGGUUGAAUUGUGUUCCUUCAAAUCUGAAUCCAGUUCCAUUUAUGGAUCUCAAAUCAGUUCAUGGGUUGAACAGGGCCAAAGUAAGAAGCACAACAGUAGUGCUUCGACUGGAUAUUCUAAGAGGCCUGAAGAAGUCGGAAAAUCAAAUCGCAAAAGGCUUAAACCUGGAGAGAACCCUAGACCUAGGCCCAAAGAUCGCCAGAUGAUCCAAGAUCGUAUGAAAGAGUUGAGGGAAAUUGUACCUAACGGGGCAAAGUGUAGCAUCGAUGCUCUGCUGGAACGUACUAUCAAGCAUAUGCUUUUCUUGCAAAGUGUCACCAAACAUGCUGACAAGCUAAAACAAACAGGGGAGUCCAAGAUUAUCAAUAAGGAUGGUGGGUUAUUAUUAAAAGACAAUUUUGAGGGAGGAAGAACGUGGGCAUAUGAAGUUGGCUCGCAAUCUAUGGUCUCCCCUAUCAUAGUUGAGGAUCUGAAUUCACCUCGUCAAAUGCUUGUGGAGAUGCUUUGUGAAGAACGCGGGUUGUUUUUGGAAAUAGCUGAUAUAAUUAGAGGAUUGGGAUUAACCAUCCUGAAGGGGGUGAUGGAAACUCGGAAUGACAAGAUCUGGGCACGCUUCACCGUUGAGGCUAACCGGGAUGUCACCAGGAUGGAAAUAUUCAUCUCUCUUGUUCACCUUUUAGAGCAAACCAGCAAGAAUGGUGCAACAUCAGGCAACGGCUUUGAAAGUGACAAUAUUGUCCACCAGCCUUUCCACCAAGCCGCUGCCAUACCUGCAACUGGUAGGCCUUGUAGUCUGCAAUAGUGAGCCAUCUGAUAUUUUAGCUUUUGGGUCUGGACAUGUUGAGAGUGAGCCCUUGUUUCAGCUUGCCAUGACUAACUUGAUCCUAGACCUAUAUAUGUCAGGCAGUUCUAACCCUAACUGACAUUCUUCUCCCAUGGGCUAAAUUAUGACUGGGCUGGUUUUGAAGUGGGGGGAGAUUGUUUUAGGUUAAGCUUCUCAAGAACUUGUGUGUUGCUUCCUCAAAAGGGUAUCUGAAUUGUACUGAUCAAAUGCCAUGGAUUUAUUUUCACGAAAUGGUUAAUGAUUGCACAGAUCAGAUUUCCAUUUCAUCCUCCCCCUAGUUGGCUUUUUUAUGUUUUCAAAUACAAUGGUAAUGGGAACCUGUUUGCAAAUGUAUAGAAAAUAUGGGAUAUGAAAUGAAGGGGUGAGGUGUUUAUUUGGCAGACUUCUUUGCUUUCCUACCAGUGUCUAUUUCUGAAAACAUGUAUUCUGGAUAAUGUUUCACUUGACUAGUUUGUUCAUAGUUUCUUUUUUUAA